CAGAAGUCAGCUGUUUUUACGUCAUAUUCUUGUUUUGAUUGUGUUGUGGUUGUGUGCAGUUGUGACUGUUGUAAGCUGUCGUGUGUUUCUACGUAUUUCUAGAUCAAGCCUGAAAAAUUCUUUCAAUCUCUCCUGUUGGAUAUUUACUAAGAUAUGGGUCGAAUUUUCCUGGAUCAUAUCGGUGGCACUCGUCUUUUCUCGUGUGCCUCAUGCGAUACUAUCCUAACCAAUCGUAGUGAACUGAUAAGUACACGCUUCACAGGGGCCACAGGUCGAGCUUUUCUCUUCAACAAGGUUGUCAAUCUUAAUUACAGCGAAGUGCAAGACCGAGUGAUGCUAACUGGCCGACAUAUGGUGCGAGACGUGUCGUGCAAGAACUGCGACGCCAAACUGGGCUGGAUCUACGAGUUCGCCACAGAGGAGAAUCAGCGCUACAAGGAGGGACGUGUCAUCCUCGAGCGGGCGCUCGUCACAGAGAGUGACGGAAUGGAGGAGCAUAUGGGCGAUGAUUGACACCACCUGCAGUGAGAACAGAAGCCAGCCGAAACACCGUUACCUUACGCAAGCACCACCCAAGUGCAACAUUUCUGGAGCUCCUCGAGUCACAUUGAAAGUGUCUGGAAUAUCCGACUAAAUCAUCCAAUGUCUGAUGAAAGCAACUGAGUACCUCGCAAAUUUUGGUACAGUUCUCCAUCUUCUAUAAAGCUGUUGUUUUUCUUAGAUUCGAAUUUUAAAAAUUCAAUACAGUUCUCUGUUCUCUGUCUCAUACAGUUCUCCAUAUUGUUUCCCCAAUGUUUCAAAUUUCUGAAAUUCUAUACUGUACUCUGUUCUCAUGUGCUUAGAACUACAAAUUUUCAUACAGUUCAUAUUGUUCCUUCAUUUAUUCUAUUUAUUCAUUUAAUUAAUUCAUUCGCACAAUAAUUAAUUACAUCAUCAAAAUGAUAUGGAGGGGAAAAAUAAAGUAACUUAUUUAUUUAUUCUAUUUAUUCAUUCGUACAAUAAUUACAUCAUCAGAAUGAUAUUGAGGGAGAAAAUAAAGUAACAUUGUGCUAUUCUUCUCUCGAAUUCAUCAAUGUGUUGUUUUUCUCAGAUUCGAAUUUAAAAAAUUGAAUACAGUACUCUGCUCUUAUAUGUUUACAACUACAAAUUUUCAUACAGUUUUCCAUAUUGUUUCCCCAUUUGGUUUUUUUUCAAUAUUCGAAUCUUUCAAAUUCAGUACUCUGUACCUAUGAUGCUCUCUACUAAUUACGUUUACAGUAACAUUUUUUAAACAUCACAUUACAUAAUUUUAUUUUCACCAUUCAUUUCUAUAUUAUAAAUCUAGUUCAUACUUUACUCUCAAUACUAAGUUGCUUUGCUUGUGUGUUGGGUUUAACAUUAUUCCUUGACAAGCUAUAAAGUGUGAAUAAUUUCGCGUACUAAAAUGUAUUUAGUCAUAAUGUUGGAUGAUAAGAAACGGAGCUAAAAAGCGGGUAAUAGUGUACAUUUAAAGGGUCGGUCAAAUUCAUAGAUAAUUCCAUGAGCAGGUUGUAAAAUUACUUUUAUUGAUGGGGAGAUAGAUCCUAAUCAGCUAGGGAUUGUUUUGAAUAGCAAUAUUUUGUUUUAUUGGGGGCUGAAUUGGAAAAAGUAUAUAAAGAUUAUUCAAAUUAAAAUUGAGAUUGACUAAUAAAAUAACUUUAAUGCUAUUGAAUAACUCUCACUUCGAAUCGAUAUGUGGGAAAAAUUAUUAUUCAGAUUAUUAUGUUGUAAUAUUGUUAGAGUUUAAAAUAACUUGUGUCAGGUCAAAUAGUAAUUGAUUCUCUAAUAACUUUUAUUGAACUAAAAACAAACCAAGCACUGACUAUAACUCCACUUGAUGGUUGUGAAAAACCAUUUAGAACUGUGUUUUAUUUGGUAAUUCUUUUAAUAGAUCAACAAAAACUAUAAGCUAGCCUUCUCGAAUUAUUGUGUUCACUAUUAAAUUCACUGAUCAUGCUUCAUUUCCAUCACAGGAGCAAAUUAUUGUCAGAAACUUUAAACUUGGUUACAAUCUCAAAAUAAAUUUAAUGUUUAUAUUUAAAAUAAAUUUAAAUGUCAACUCCUAAUAGAUAUCCAAAGUAUUAUAGUACUGCAGUCAAAACUUUGUGAAAUAAAACUCAUUCGAAUAAACCUUUUGAUAUUAAAUUAUGGCUGUGAUAAAUAAAAUAAAAAUGAACUAGGUCGAUCACUUACAGUUAAUCUUGAAGCGUACAGUUCUAAUACCUUCGUAACGGAUACUACCAGUUAUAAUUAACUCAUUAAUCUAUUAUCAUAAUUCACCCAUGUAAUCAGCUCAACCACCCAGAGAGUGAAUGUAAUAUUGAAACUCUCCAACCAUGAUGUCGUGGCGUCCAGAUUUCAUGUAUUUGUACAGUAUUUUGAUCAACUAUUGUUUGAAAGUAACAGUUAGUUCACUUGAUUCGUGAAUUAGGCAUCGUGUAUGGUAUAUAAUAAUUUGAAUGACUGAUUGCGUACAUUUCACCACGGCGUAAUCAACUACUAGAAUUGUGACUCAUAAAUAUGAUAGAUGAUUCAACUUCUUUGGACUUUCAUGUAGCUUAAACUGCGUUACUUCCAAAUUCCCUCCGACAAAGAAUAACCUUCUAUUAUUAAGAUUAAGACAAAGACGAAUUUAUACUUUCUUGUACCUUUUAAGUAUAACAAUAUUUUUUCAAAUCAAUUUAUUUUCGAUCUCAAUGUUAGUUCAUCAACUAAGCUAUUAGUCAUUCAAUAAAUUGAAUUAUUACUUCAUGUAAUUCCUCAAUUUUUCCAAAGAUAUUUUGUAUUUUAUAUGCUUCACUUGCUUCAUAUAGGACCUUGCAAAUCUGAAUUUUCUAUCUCACUACUAACUAGUAGACUAACCAAUACGAUACUAUAUACCGGAUAAAACAAGGUAUUAGACCAUGUUAUAUAGAUGUUAAGAAAUUUUAUUCAGUUCUAUUUCAUAGAAUAUUUCAAGCUAACAUGUUCAAGAAGUCAUUUGUUUUCAGAGAAAGAGUUUGAUUCAUUUUAUAUCAUUUGAUGUGAAAAUCAUGACUAUUUCCUGUAAUUAUUAAUUCCUUCCAAAGUGACUCUCAAAACUUCUCCUCUAUCAAAUGAAAUGCAACUCGUUACCUUGAAAUGUGCUAGUAGAAUCACCUUUCAGCAGUAGAUUAUGUCCAUGAAACAAAUAAAUCCGUACUUGGAAAACAGAAGAGGAAAUUUUUGUUGUGGUUGAAAGGAAAACAAUCGUUGAACUAACUCACUGUAUUUUAUUGAGUCUAUAUUAAACAUAAAAAUAAUAAACUAUUCAACUCCAUCUCCAAAUUAUAAUAAUAAAUAGUCAAUUUGGAGAGGCCGGGUAGUGGUGGUUUACUUUAAUAUUAAGUUGAAAAAUGUUUUUAUAAAGAUUGAUUAUUGUAGAUUAACUGUCCAGAUGCGUUACUAUUGAAUUUUAGAGUUUAAUUAUGAUUUUUGUAGAUUUAGAUUAGUUGAAUAAGAUUUAUUUGUUUUUAUUGAAUGAUAGCCUAUCAUGUAUUAUGUGUGAUUCUAAAAUAAAAUAUAUAUAUAAAAGUAAGA